AUGCUACAUCUAGGAGGCUACAAGGGAACACUUUGUCAGAACCAUGGUAUCUGUGCAGUUCUGCUGCAAAGGGAUAAGAACAUUUAUUCAUUAUUCUCUGGACUAAGCAACAAACUACAUGUGUAUACUUUCCUGCAUAUCUCAAUUAUUGGGUAUGCAAUUUGGCUUUUUAUAUCGUCAUUUUCUGGAUCACAAAUGUUGGCUGUAGAGACAAGCAGGGUUGUAUCCUUUUUCCAGUGCCCAAAGUUUUUCGCCAACAACUGUACAAUAUAUCGGUUGUCUUUAUCUCUUGAUCAACAGAACUCUUCAUGGGUUUCACCAUCUGGUGAAUUUACCUUUGGAUUCUUUAAACCUCACAAUAAAAAUCAGUUCCUGCUUGCCAUCUGGUUUACCAAAAUACCUGAUACUGUAGUCUGGUCUGCAAAUGAUAACAAUACGGCACCAACAGGCUCUACUGUUAAACUUACCGAUGAUGGGAGGCUUGCACUCUAUGAUCCAAAUGGUGAAUCAUUAUGGGAGCGUCCUGCAAAGGGUGCUAAACCUGCAAUAUGUGCUGCUAUGAACGAUAAUGGGAAUUUCAUGCUCCUAGAUGAAAAUCAUGAGCCCAUAUGGCAGACAUUCCAAGAACCUACAGAUACAAUCUUGCCUGGCCAGAUGCUUGAAAUUCCAAGCACCCUCACGACUCGCCGUUCAGAAGAAGAUUACAAUGACGGGCGCUUCCAGCUCAGAUUGCAAUUGGAUGGCAAUCUCGUGCUUUACUAUGUAGCCUACCCAACCGAAGUACACAGUAUGGCUUAUUGGGCUACCAUGUCGAUUAAAGACAAUGCCUCAUCCAAGUUGGUCUUUGAUGAGAAGGGAUAUAUGUACGUUCAAGAAGGGACGAAACGGAUCUAUAACCUGACAAAAACUGACGCUGGCUCUCCCCAAGAUUUCUAUCACAUGGCAAGGAUCGACUCCUAUGGUGUCUUUGCACAAUAUCAUUAUCCGAAGAGCAACCGCUGUGACAAGAGGUGGAGUGUAGUUCAAAGAAUUCCUGAAAAUAUUUGCAACAGAUUCGAUACAUUGCUUGGUAGUGGGAUUUGUGGAUACAACAGCUACUGUAUGGAAAUAAAUGAGGAGCCAAAAUGCCUAUGCCCUGACGAUUAUACUUACGUGAAACAAUAUGCUCCAAACGAAGGUUGCAGACCAAAUUUUGAACUACCCAGUUGCCAGCCUGAUGGAUGGGAUACAAAUCGUGAGCUAGUAGAUUUCCAUGAAUAUAAAAACCUGGACUGGCCACUAACUGAUUAUGAACUUCAGACAGGAAGUUUUGUCGACCUGGAUACAUGUAAACAGUUAUGUCUCGAUGACUGUUUCUGUGUAGUGGCCAUUCAUAAUGGCAAUAGUUGUUGGAAAAAGAGGUAUCCCUUGUCCAAUGGAAGAAGGAGCGAAAGUGUGAAUAGAACGGCUCUCGUGAAGGUACCCAAAAAAAACUCAGAGCUCUAUCCCAAAAAAUCUUGCGACGCUAAUAACAAGUCAACUUUGAUCCUUGUCAUAUCAAUACUCCUUGGAAGUUCUGUGUUUGUUAACAUACUUCUCAUAUUAGUUAUAUCUCUUGCUAUCUUCCUGUAUAAGAAGAAGUUACUCAACUUUUCAUCAGUUUCAAGUGCUUCUGCAGCAAAUGUUAGAAGCUAUACAUACAAAGAACUCGAAGAAGCUACUGGUGGCUUCAAGCAGUCGCAGAUAUUGGGUAGAGGUGCUUUUGGAACAGUUUACAAAGGAGUCUUACCAUCAGAUCCCAGGAGGUUUAUAGCAGUCAAGAGGCUGGAUAAGGUAGAACAAGAAGGUGAGAAAGAAUUCAAAACAGAGGUUAAUGUGAUUGGUCAGACACACCACAAGAACCUGGUCCGUCUCCUUGGAUUUUGUGAAGAGGGGGAGCACCGGCUUCUUGUCUACGAGUACGUGAGUAAUGGAUCUUUAGCAAGUUCCUUGUUCGGCAUAACCAGGCCUGACUGGAAUCGAAGAGUACAGAUUGCCCUCGGCAUUGCAAGAGGCCUGAUGUACUUACAUGAAGAGUGCAGUACCCAAAUAAUCCACUGUGACAUAAAGCCUCAAAAUAUACUAUUAGAUGAGUUCUCUACGCCCAGGAUUUCUGACUUUGGAUUGGCGAAGCUUUUGUUGGCUGAACAGUCUCGAGUAGCUCGCACAAAUAUAAGAGGCACGAUUGGAUACUUUGCACCUGAAUGGUUCAGGAAAGCUUCAAUCACAGUUAAAGUUGAUGUAUACAGUUUUGGCGUUGUAUUGCUAGAGAUCAUUUGCUGCAAGUCAAGUGUUGUAUUUGGAAUGGGAGAUCAAGAGGAGGCACUUGUGGACUGGAUUUAUGAUUGCUACUGCAAGAAGAAGUUGAGUGAGCUGGUUGAAAAUGAUGAAGAGGCAAGAAAUGACAUGAAGAGGCUAGAGAGGCUAGUGAUGGUAGCAAUUUGGUGCAUUCAAGAGGAUCCUUCAUUUAGACCCUCAAUGAAGAAGGUGACACAAAUGCUCGAGGGAGUUACCCCUGUUUCUGUGCCCCCACGCCCUUCAAGCUAUAGUUCAACCUGA